UUCAUUGUAAUAAAUACUCGUAUGUCAUAACAACCGGUCAAUAAUAAUGCCUUCACGUCCAAAGAAAAAAGCAUCAAAGAAGAAACUGAAGCAUUCCACAGCACAACCCAUCAUCCACCACUCUCUACCUACCAUUCAAAUCCAAGUGCAAGAAAGUUUUGUGGAAACUAAUUCAGAAGUGAAGUUUUGUUAUGAGAAAGAAUUAAGUGGUUGUGAGACUGCUUCUGUGACUUGUCAAGACCAUUCUUCGCAUCAAUACUUAGCUGAAGAGGAACAAGAGACGCGGAAACUUUCUGUAGAUCAUCACCAAAUGGCAGAUUCAUCAAACGGAAAGUUAGAGGAGACUCGGAAAGUUCAAGAGGGUGAAGUAGUUGAAUCUGUAAGGGAUAUAGCUAUUGAUGACUCUUCGGUAGAGCAUGCGAAAAAGGCCCAUGAAGAGCCGGCUGAAGCUGCUGAGGAGAGUACUGUAGUGGUGGGAUUGGGAGAAGUAGUCGAAAAUAAAGAAGAGGAUGUUGUUCCAGUCUCGGUUGUGGAGACAGAAACUUCUGUUGUUGAUGAUGUUGUUGAACCAGAAGAGAAGGAAAAGGAGGAGGAGAAGCAAUAUGUGCCAUCUGUGGAUGAGACAGAUGGACCUUCUCCAGUUGUGGAAAAUGUUGUGCCAGAGGAGAUUGAGGAAAAGACAUCAACAGAUUUGGUCUCUAAUGGGGUUGAGGAAUCAACAUUGCCAUCUUUGAGUGAGGACAUGACGAAUGCGCUGUCGAAAGGAAUUGAAGAAACCGAAGUGCCUUGUUCAGAUGAGAAGGAGGAGGAGGUUGUUCCAACUGUAGAAGUAAAAUUGCCAGUUGUUGAAGAGACUAGUACUGGGGAGUCAUCAGGUGCUGAUUACAUGGUAACUAGUGAAAGUGUUGAUGACGAUUCAUCGAAACAGUCGAAACAGUCGCCUGAGGUUCCAGUUUCUCCUCCAGUUGAAUCAAUUGAUGCCGGAGAAGAGUAUGGCAAGCCUGAGAUAUCUGAAACCGCAGAAAAUCCGUCUAUUGUAUCUGUGACUAGAGCUCCCCUGCAACCAACUUCAUGGAGGAGUUGUUGUGGACUUUUUGAAGUUCUGCGCCGAUCAGAUAGAUGAUUCAAGCGAUGAGUGGAAUGGUUCAGUUCAUGAUGGAGCUAGCACAACAAGUCUAUAUAGGGAGUUGGGGUUUCAGAGUUUCGCAUAUUUGGUUUUGCGUGUGGAGUGAAAUUUACUUAUACCGGUGGCCAUGUCUUCAUAUCCUGCAUAUUGCUUGAGAAACAUUCUUUCUCAGUGGUUUAUCCUCUAUUACUUUGAUGAUUGUAUCUGCUUAAGGGGUUUUUUUCCUUCUAUAUUUGUGCUGAAUAGUUUAAUCUCCCUUUGUUUGUUGGUACAUAUUGUACCGGAUAGUUUAUUGGCAAAUGUAUACGAUUUUAUCUAUUUACAACGGAAGUAGACAGAGGUCACUCCGACUGAGUUUAUGCCGAAA